GGAUUCAGCAAUCCGCCAUGUUCGGGUUCAUCCGUCAGCAUCCGGUCAUUACGGGUCUGGCGGUCGCCGGCAUUUCGGCGGCUGCCGCGUACUAUUUUCGCAAAUCAAUAGUCAGCACAUUUUAUGGAGAGGAGGAGAGUGGCGAGGAUGAGGGCACAGAAGGUGAUGAGGAGGGCGGUAAAGCAAGCAAGACAACCCCGGACACACCCGUCUCUGCGUCUGGACCCCAGAUGGAGGCACCUCCCGCUGUCCCCGUAGAGGCUGCAGCAGCACCACGCCCAAGAAUGAGCGGACCCCAACAGGACAACUUUGGCGGCUUCCGCAAAGGGUUCCUCGACGGCAAGAGAUUCUAAGCAACUACGACGUCAACCGUGCUCCAAGGACCUAGAGCUAUGAACCGGAACGGAAAUGGACAACGAUACACGGACAUGGAAUAUAACAUAACAUGGAAGAAAAUAAGGGAUAAUAAAUAGACCGGGACGGAAAUGGAUAACGAUACACGGACAUGGAAUAUAACAUAACAUGGAAGAAAAUAAGGGAUAAUAAAUAGACCGGAACGGAAAUGGGUAAUGAUACACGGACAAGGAAUAUAACAUAGAUGCAAAGGAAUGGUAAAUAGACCGGAACGGAAACGGAUAUAGAAUUACGGACGCAAACAAAACAAAAAUGAAAAAUAACCAAAAAGAAAAUAAUAAUCAAAAAAGCAAUCUUCAACUUCGAUGGGUUACGCAGAUGUUUUUUCGAUGGCAUAAGACUAGUCAAAGCUAUGACAGAAUCAGUAGAAGUGCUCAGCAAACCGACAAGGUUAUUGACCAGAACGAAAAAGGAUGACGAAUAAAGGUCUUGGAGCAAAAUCAACGAAAAAAAUUAUGCCAAAGGUAAUAAAAAACACACUUUAUUCAGGCUAGUUAGGCAGCACGUCGCCAAGGACUCUCUUCUUGCACUUCGAUGAGGGGUAGGGGCGGGAAGUGUUUCGCGCAACCGGGUGUUUACACGCGGGCCCCAAGAUUCAAAGUGCUGUAGAAUGUCAUUUAAUAUCAAAUUAAGUGCCUUGAUCGUGAAAAUAAAAACAUCCACAUCCACAUCCAUUGUCAACUUGUAUUUUGUUAUUUUGUCCGCGUAGUGGCUGUAGUGGAUGGAUGUUUCGAGUGGGGGAGGGGGUUUGAGUAUUCGCUAAAAUGGAUUCAAUCAGUUUGAUUACAACGUGGAGGGGCGGUUACAAGGCGCCACAGGCAGCGACCACACGAAAUGCUCGGGAAAAUGGCGGCUGAAUCGCGAUUUGCCGAAGUUAGCGACGACUUUUUAACGGACUUAGAUAGUGCUAUACCA